AUGCGGAACCUUCACAGAUCCGUCUCAGAGCUCUGGGACACGACCGUGAGGAAACUAUUUCCUAGACACACCUCUCAGGCCAGUGAUCGGGAUCGGCGCACUUUCUCUUCCCUGCGCUCGUCCAACACCAGCGAGCACGAUGAUGGCUUUUACCAGUACUCCCAAACUCUGCCGCCGAGAAACCAGAGAAUGCGUUCACACCUUCGCUCAUCUGACAGCACCCAAGCGUCAUACUGCUCUGCCCUCAUGGAUCCUAUCGAACGCCCUCAUCUUCCUUACACUAUCGGGUCUCCUGAUUGGAAUCAGUUCUCUGAUCCCAUAAGAAGCCUUGAUGAAUGUCCCACCGAGGACGCGUCCGACUGGCUCUAUAGUGUCCUCUCGGUCGUUUCCAAGGUUUAUACUGUGGCUAAAAUCAUCGUUAUGAUCCUCAUGCAGUACGGCGUCGAGCUGGAUGAUAUGCCCGACGGUCUUCUGUACCAUGUUGCGCGCACCGAGGAGGUCAUCAGUUCCGAUUCCAUUGCUGUUUUGGUCGACGCCGUGGAGGGGUUGUAUUAUGCCCUGUUUGCCAGACUGAUCAUGGAAAUGGCCAACGUUGAUCUAUGCUCUUGCUUUCACCUGAACCUCCACGGCAUGACUAGUAAGGCUUCCUACACCCUGCCAGAGCCCGCCCAGCUGUUUAAGAUCCUCCUGUUCUGCAAGCGCAUGCUCGAAAAUCCCGCCGUUUGCCGGAAUAACAACAACGAACUCGUGAGGCAGCACCAGAAUGUCUACAUUCGCAGCGCCAUAAGCAGAUUAGCAAGCACCGGCAUUUUUCUGGAUGAUUUGCUCGGAUACCGUCGUGAUAUCAUGAAUGUGGCCUGCGACAGUUCGUCCGCGUUCCGCCAGAAAUGGACUAAUGGUCUUUUGCUUUACCACAUGCCCCCGGAAGAGGUCCUCAUGGUGCUAUCGGAAAAAUACUUGGCCUUGACUCCCAGGGUGACAUUCCAGGAUGAAUUGCCUACCUCCGAGCUUCCUUUCGUCGAUUCCGAACUCGCCGACCCGGAGACCUGGGAGCGGGAGCUGAUCAAGGACCACCGGCAAGCAACCCUGGCCAAAUUGGAAGGCAAAAGUGUUGGAGACGUUCGGCGCGAGGACGACCGACGCCGUCUGAGCGACUACGUCAGGGAAUACAAAUGUAUCUGUCGUUCCAGCUGCAGUUGCGCCUGGGAUUGCACCUUGGAUCCGGAACGCCACUGUCCCUGUGCUGAGCGACAGAUGCGAGUCCUCAUCGUGCGGCGCCGCAAAGGUAUUAGUGCGCGCGAGUUCAGCGCUCGCUGCAGUAGUCUGGCCAAGGCGGUUUUUCAGGGAAUAUCGUGCCUUCGUCGCGACGUCGAGGAUCAGGAGAUUGCGAGAGAAUUUGAUCGCGCGCUCCUCCUUUUCGCCGAGGAGAUCCAGAAGCAACGAGUCACAGCUGCCAAGGCGAACGGCAUCCCCCCUGGAGAGACUGCGACGCUUCAAAGAUUCGCGGGCAUGGUGCCCAAGACGUUUGCAUCUGCCUCGACUGCCGCCUUUACCUCCCCGUCCGUAUCAUCGUCAGCCGCCAAAAUAGCCUCGCCGUUACGAUCCGGCAACCCACUGUGGACCGCACGCUCUGGGGGACCCAAGACGCUGGUCCGGGGGUACCGCGCUGUCUGGCCCUCCUACGGCAUCACCACGCCGGUUCCCGAUCGGCAUCCACAGUUCCCCAUCGCUCGCUGCCCCUUUUACUUCCAAACGGGCUACGCCCUCUGCGCCAAACGUCCCUCGCGCCCCUUUCCCCCUCCCUUCCUCUCGCCGCCGUCCUCCUCCUUUUCCGACCCCUUGACCACCCACUACCUGAGUCAGGAUAAGAGAUUAUCCGUCCGGGGAGAACUCGUCCGAGGCCUGAACAACGGCGACGACGCCGUCCUAGUUGCGGAGAAUUUCCUGGCCGUCAACGAUGGCGUAGGGGCGUGGGGUACGAAGCCACGAGGUCAUGCUGCUCUCUGGUCCCGGCUGCUCCUACACUUUUGGGCCUUGGAAGUUGAGCGAGAAGCGAAGGACUCUCUCCACUUACAUCCCGUCGAUUACCUGCAACGCGCCUAUGAAGAAACUCUACGGGCCACAACCUCACCGAGCGAAUGGUUGGGUACGACCACGUCGGUCACGGCUCUCCUACACUGCCAGCGCGACGACGCAGGGAACACGAAACCGUUACUCUACGUGACCAACCUAGGCGACUGUAAGGUGCUGGUGAUCCGUCCCAGUGAGGAGAAGGUUCUGUUUCGAACCAAGGAGCAGUGGCACUGGUUUGACUGUCCGAUGCAGCUGGGCACCAACAGCGUGGACACGCCCCAAGCGAACGCCGUGCUGGACUUGAUCGAUUUGGAAGAAAACGACGUCGUACUGGCGGUCUCGGAUGGCGUCCUCGACAAUCUCUGGGAGCACGAGGUCCUGACCAUCACGCUGGAGAGUAUGCGAAAGUGGGAACAGGGCCGAUAUGACAACACGGAUUUGGACUGGGCACCACCUGCGGUUCUGGCAGAGGAACGGAUGGUGUUUGUGGCACGAGAGUUGCUCAAAUCUGCUCUGGCGAUCGCUCAAGACCCGUUUGCGGAGAGUCCAUACAUGGAAAAAGCAAUCGACGAGGGUUUGGCUGUCGAAGGAGGGAAAAUGGAUGACAUUAGUGUAGUGGUCGGAUUUUCCCAUCCACGCCUCCUCCAUCUCCGUCGACUCCAACUCGCUAAUUCCGCACUCCCUCUCGGUCAAUCAAUUGCCAAAAUGAGGGCCAAACGUUCGAAGAAGUACCGUAAGCUCAUGCACCAGUAUGAGCUUACUUUCGGUUUCCGUGAACCGUACCAAGUCCUCGUGGACUCUAAUCUACUCCGUGCCGUGCACUCUUUCAAGAUGGACCUGAUUCCGGCGCUGGAGCGCACCCUCCAAGGGAAAGUCAAGCCCUUGUUGACAAAAUGCUCCCUGGAAACUCUCAUGGCCGGCCAACCUCUCCACCCCCGGACCAACAAUCCCAUGCGUCCGGAAUGUCUCCCCCCUCCUACGACAUUGCCGUUGCGUCACUGCUCGCAUAACGAAGACUCGACGCCCAUCGACGAAACUACCUGUCUGCUAUCGCUGCUGUCGCCGAGCCCGGACGCCAAAAAGAAGAACAAAGAACAUUAUAUCCUCGCCACGGCGGACCCGCCGGGUGCCGAGAAAGCCGCGGCCGCGGCCGCCAGUGCGAAUGCCAAUAAGGGCGCCGGGCAGAAGAGAAAGCGAGGCGUGGACGAGGGCGAGUUGGCGCUGCGACGGGCCCAGUCGCUGCGGAGACAGGCACGAAGUGUCCCCGGUGUGCCGAUCGUGUAUGUCAAGCGGUCGGUGAUGAUUCUGGAACCGAUGAGUAUGCCCUCGGAGGAUAUUCGGGAGGGCGUGGAGAAGGGGAAGUUCCGGGUCGGGUUGACCGAUGAGGCGAUCAAUAAGAAGAAGCGAGAGAGUACCGGGGAAGCGAAGAAAAAGCCGGGAUUCAAGAAGGCCAAGGGUCCCAAUCCGUUGAGUGUGAAGAAGCCGAAGAAGAAGGCCACGGAUACUGCUGGCUCGACGAAGCCAAAGCCGUCAAAGGAGGAGCAGCAAUCUAAGCAUGGCAGCGGAGACGAAGGCGCCGGGGGACCGGACGGCGACUCGGCUCCGAAGCCGAAGAGGAGGCGACGCCAUCAUAAAGGAGCGAAUCGAGAUGGUGAUGCCGGUGGUCAGGAACCAUCGCAUGGGUCCGAGGCGGUUGCUUCGGUCGAUGUGAUGGAAGAAUGAGCUCCGUCAAUCGGGCGAGGGAAGAAAAAAAGCAUUAUUUGUUUCUCGUUACUUCGUAAGGCGUUGCGGCUGGGAGCAGAGGCACACCGUCUCUCCAUGAUCAAGUCAUAUACUGUACAUUCUAUAUCCGGAAUAAGAUACUCCAACAAUCAAACGACGUGAACCAUUC